AUGUCACAGGAAUUGCCUGUCAAGCCCAUCGACACAUUGACCCUGGGGCGUGAAAACAAAGGAUUCAGGAUGCUGUUGAACAGUGGAUGGGAGUACGAAAAAGGAUUGGGCGCAGAAGGGCAGGGUGCUCGACAUCCAGUCGCGACACGUCUCAAACACGAUCGUCUCGCACUCGGUGCUGCUGGAACCAGCAAGAAACUUGUUACACACACCUUCGAGGAGAUUGAAAAGAGUCGCGCUAAACCCAUUGCCAAGUCAGAUCGAAGGGUCCCUCUCAACGCCGACGACUACAGGAAAAAGGCGGAAAAGGAGCGCAUGGAUCGGGUUCGCAUGAUGAUUUACAUGAAGAAAUAA